CCGCGAAGAAGCUUCCCGGAGACUUAGCUGCAUUACACCGUAAGUGCAGACUUAUAGUGUCUGGGCGCUACGAUUAUCAUUAUCUUCUAACAAUCUCGUAAUAGGUGACAAUUCCUUAACAUGUUAAUAUAUACAUUUGGUGAAGAGAGAACAACCUAGUUGUAGGAAUGUGGGCGACGUGUGGUUCGUAAUGUGGCGGCCAUAAACUUUGCUGAAACAGAUGUCCCUAUUAUGGCGCCGUCUUUGCUGCGCGUUAGGCGCCUUGAACGCUGAUACCCAGGAGCAGGGUGUGCAUACUGAUAAUUCAAAUGUCGCAACGGAUGCUGAGAGAGGAACCGCAGCCAAUGUUCGCGUGGUUAUCGCACCAGACGUCGAGAAUGCACAGAAGCAGGUCGACGAAAAUAGUGUUCAGAGCAACAAAGGCAGCGGGCUUCCGGCUGAGAGAGGCGACUGGGAUCAGCCCUCCGUCGCCUUCACCAUUCCCAUUGCUUGUGAUGAUGCCAUAUCACAGUUCUUCUUGAUGGCGGCUGACUGGAAGUCUGUCGUUGUGCAGCUGGUGUCCACGUCAUUGGUAUGGCUCAUUGCUGGCCUGUUUACGCUAUGGCUGGAAAGAACACGUUUUGGUGAGGAUGUGGAGAUAUACCCUCGUACAAGUGCUGCAAGGAGAACAGAGUGGGUUGUGAUUAUCAGUGUCCUAUUCCUCCAGGUGGUCCCCAUUUUGAUGACCAUAUACAAGUCAAUCAAGGGGCUGUGCUACUUAUGGCGUUUUAUUUGCAAGCUCCAGCAGCCUGGCUAUACAACAUCAUCGCUGGCCGACAGCACAGGCUCUGCCAACAGCUCCCCACCUGCCAAAGCUGCCUCUGUUGCCUGUGGUAGCCAAUGCUUCAGUCCACUUCAAAGCAGAUUACUAACUUGGCUGCACAACUAUAAAAAGCGUGUUAUUUGUUGGAUCCGGCCUAGCUAUUAUACCUCAUCACCACCCUACACCACCGACUCUGUCCAGGAUGCCAACACUGACAGCAGUAACCAACACGAUGCCCCACGUCAAACCUGGGCUGGCUGGAAAAGGCUGUAUCUUUGGUUCUGCUGGUCAUCAAUUUUUAUUGACACCCUUCAGCCCUUAGCCCUAGUUGGUAUGUCAGUCUAUGUUGCCCUCUACCGGUCCAAUGAUGUCAAUGAAUCACUACCCGACCCCAACCUGCUCAGUGCCAUCCUCAACGUGGUGGUUCUAUCAUUCCUCGCUACCCUCGACACUGUCAUGCUGAAGACCUUCUUGGAGCUAUGGCAUGGCAGCAGCAGCCGAGUUUGCAUCGCAAUGAACAUUGAGUAUCGGGAUAAUGAGCAUGUACACUAUAAGCGCAAAAUUUCUGAUUCAAUUGAAGACCACUACUGGCGCACUCGGGCGAGGACAACAAAAAUGGAUGUGUUUCAGAGGCUACAUACUGAGGAGGUUGGCAUCGACAAGAAGUGGGAGGCACUCAUAUGUGCUGAUGCUGGGCUGGGUAUCCUUGGUGAUUGGAGUCCUACGCUUAGCAAGUGGACAGCUCGCCAGUUAUUAUUAUAUCUGGUCAAUUUCGGAAUGUUUUCCAAGCACAAGCCAACUGUCAGCGGUAGCCAACCAACGGUUGCUUCUUUGACAUUGCUUGUGGAGAUCUUCUCGUGGGAAGAUGUUUGCGCCUAUCUUCGCAGCCAGUCGCCAUCACCAUCAUCUGCAGUCGUGCCGUGGACCGGCCCUCCCCCCCCUACUGCUGCUGCCAUCGCUGCUGCAUCUGAUGACCAGUGGGCUUACGAAGUAGACCAGGAUGCAACCAAGCAUCUUCUGAGGGACUACCCGGAGCACAUGAAGCGGUUCCCACUGAAAGGUGUCGAAGUUGAUUUUUCGAACACGAAGCUUGGAGAUAAGCACAUGGAGUCUUUGGGCAAGAUGCUUCAGAUCAGUGAUCAAGUCAAGAGCUUAACCUUAUCAGGCAAUCAUGACAUUGGUGAGAGUGGCAUGAAGCACCUGUCAGAUGCUUUAGGGCGCCAUGACGGUUUGGACGUGCUCAACAUCGUGGGUGUGCCGUUAACGCGCAAAGGUUUAGAAUAUCUCACUGAGGCCCUGAGGAUAAACCCACGAGUUCUGUCUGGUGGCCUGGGCAUCAUCCAAAACGUUGUCAAGCAAGACCCUGAUGAAGUUGAUGGCGCCACUGAUCCAAGGACAAUUCACCCAGAUGAUGCUCCCGUGGAGGUCAUCAAUCUUGAACUCAUCAUGGCAAUGGCCAAGCGUGGUGCAAGCCUAAUGUGCUACACAAACACGUUGACGCGUGAGGCUCAGGCAGCCCUGGGCUUUGGCGACCAGACUGAUAACCAAUCAGUGGACAACAAGCAAUCACUGAGUGACAAGGGCUUAAUAGAUGUCGUGGCUGCAUGGAAGCGGAUUGAUUUGGAUAAAAGGGCGGAGAAGGACCUCGUGGAGUUGCUACUGCUCAACCCCGAGGAUGCGGAGGGAUACCCGUGGAAGGAAGCUGAUGUCAACCUCGCUAGGAAGGGACUUGUCUCAAAACACAUUCCCUCACUCAUUAAGAUGCUAGAGCUUGGCCCGACUGACAUCCGAACACUUGAUCUUUCAAGUAACCCCCUCGUUGGCAACGAGGGCAUAGCGUGUCUGGCGAGCGCCCUCAGGGGCGGCAAGCUCAAAGCCGUUGAAACCGUUUACAUCAGGAAAAUUGGCCUCACGGAUAUUGGCAUGAGGGACUUCGCCCCGGCUCUGCCCUUCCUCAAGGUCUUGGACUUGUCAGGGAACCAUAUUGGCGAUAACGGCAUAACGGCUCUGACCGGCCAGCAGCUAAUCAGCAUGACAGCCCUUUACUUCAAGGAAACUGGUCUCACGGAUGUUGGCGUCCGGCAUGUCGCACGGGAGUUGCAAUCACUAUCAAACAUAAGGGUCUUGGACUUGUCAGGGAACCAUAUUGGCGAUAACGGCAUAACGGCUCUGACCGGCCAGCAGCUAAUCAGCAUGACAGCCCUUUACUUCAAGGAAACUGGUCUCACGGAUGUUGGCGUCCGGCAUGUCGCACGGGAGUUGCAAUCACUAUCAAACAUAAGGGUCUUGGACUUGUCAGGGAACCAUAUUGGCGAUAACGGCAUAACGGCUCUGACCGGCCAGCAGCUAAUCAGCAUGACAGCCCUUUACUUCAAGGAAACUGGUCUCACGGAUGUUGGCGUUCAGCAUGUCGCACGGGAGUUGCAAUCACUAUCAAACAUAAGGGUCUUGGACUUGUCAGGCAACACCAUCACAGAAGGAGGCAUACGGAGCCUGGCCGAUUUGCUUGAACAGCACUGCUGCCUCAUGGAGUUGCGCCUUGAUGGGGUGCCGUUUACCCUAGAUCAGUCUCGAUACCUUGGGAGGGCGCUUGUGCGGAAUCCUACAGUUUUGUCUGGAGGAACACUUUCCAUCUCAGGUGCCGGCGAUGAAGCCGUCUGCAGUCUGCUGUCCGAGUUCAUGCAGUGCCGAGGAGCGACGCUAAAUUGUAAGGCCAGCUCCAUCGUUUUCAAGGCUACGGUCUGGAUGCAAGCUUAUGCCCAUGUCAGCAGCACCUUGGCAGCUAAGGCGGGUCUCAUCUGCAGGGGUUCAUGCAGAUCACGUGCAGACAACGUGACUGAGCUAUACGAUGAGAGUGUCUUAAACCUGUUCGACGGUCGCUUAACUACCAAAUGGGUGGACUUGGAAUCAGAUUUGGGUUGGAACGGCCGGAAUUUCACCUGGGUGGAGUUCAAACUUCCAGAGGAUGACCCAGCUGUCCGACUUGUCGGCUACGAACUGUUGUCUGGCAAUGAACUUCCCAGCAGUGCCCCCUCAGAUUGGCUCCUGGAGGUGGUCACACAAGAGGACUACGAGCAGGGGCGUCAGGACAAAUGGACUCUUUUGGACGAGCGGAGGAGCCAGGUUUUCCCUGGGCGCUUCCACGCCCUAGCUUACACCCGCUUCACUUCCUUUGCUGGAGCUGCCGGCCCGCUGGUCCGGCGUGUGCGGCUAAUCAUCACCCAAGUUGGCGGUGGCAGCACCAAAACGCAGCUAGCGUGCCUGAACCUCUACACGGACCCUUACGAUGUUGAAGCAUCUACAUCCGGGAAUGGCACCGAAGCAAGCAUAGAUCCCCUCAUCAGCCGCCUAUCCUCAAUGUUAAUGAGUUAUGCAGCAGUGGAUGCCGUUGCCCUGGAGCAGCUAAGACGACUGCUAAGCGAUGUGGUGGAGGAGCCAGGGAGUGCCACACCCAGGCUGGUGCGCUGCUCCAUGGUGACGGCCCUGAUGGAGAACCCCCUGCUGGUGGAGGUGCUGCUGCACACCGCACGCUUCCACCCAGUGCUAGUGGACAAGUCAAUCGCCGGUCUCAGAUUAGACCGUGACAUGCCCAACAGGAGGAGGUCCGACCCUCAACCAGAGGAGGAAACGUACCUAAUGCUGGCAUUCGAUGCUGACAAAGAAGAGCUGAAGUCCAUCCAGAGGAUUCUGAAUGUGCUGAAGAAGGCCGGGUGGCAACCAUUUCUCGAAAAUAUUCCAUCGCUGCACACUGCAGGGAUGGCUGGCGUGCAGGAGUGUCAGGAGAUGCCCGGCCCCUUUAGUGCCAGUUCAGCACUCAGUGCCGCGCUGACGCAGAUCAAGGAGCAUGUAGAUGGCGCGGUAAUCAACUGGGCCAACUGCAAGAAGCUGUUUGGCACGGUGCUAUGGGCACAAAAUGUGCUGCAGGAGGCGGACGUGAAGGAGAGUGCGUGGGCAAAGGUGGAUACGGAGAGGUACGCGCUGGAGAGAGCAGUGCAGGAUGUGGCGCACUUCCUGGGAAGGUUCCAUAAGAGGAACCUCGUGACCAACCUGGCUUGCCUUGGAAGCUUCAAGGAUUCUUUCGAACGGCACAACCACGAGGUGGUAAAACACACACGGCGCCUGACCAACGCACUUGCUGUCAAGUGUGCCUUGCCUCCACCUGCUGCGGAUUAUGAGGAGGGUGAUCUCCCAGCCCUCCUGUGCCGGCUGGGUGGCAGCGAGGACGUGCAGAAGGCCAUCAUGGUCGUGGCGGCGGAUCCUGAUCUUCUGUGGCAGCUCAAGGGGCUGACGAUGCAGGUCCAGUCGCAGAAGUUUGAGUCGGCGCUGCUGGCGGUCCUGGAGGCGGCGCGGCUUGUCCGUCUGCCAGACAAGCUGCCGCCCGAGCUGCGGCGCUUCUGGCACCAGCACUUCAAUGCUGAAAGCGUUAGCUUCGACAUCUUUUGCGAUGUGGUUCUGUCCACAGUUGAGGAUAAAGUAUACGACAUGGCCCUGGCUGUCAAGGAGCGAACAGUCAAGGUCCUUUGCCCGGCAGACUUGGAGGAGCUGAGUGGGUCGGGCUGCAAGGGGCCCGAGCACCUGUUGCGUCAGCUGUUGCAGGGGUAUUUAGACCUAAACGGCAAUGGACUUGUGCAUACAGACGAAUAUUAUUGCUUCUACUUGCGGUGUUGUGAAUGGGCAGCAGCCUUGGCCGGUUCCCCUGAGCCAGCAGACUUGCCAUCCUGCAUCGACCUGCUUUGCACCAACUUUGACCCCAAGUGUCUCUCAGAGGCCAAUCGGCAGGAGAAGCGGGAGGUGGCGGACGUGCUCAAGCCAUAUAACUUCUCCUCGGUUGUGGCCAGCCAUCUCACUCACUUCCUGCCAGGCAGCCGUUCCUGGCUGUUCCAGGCUUACAAGGAGUGGCUAGCCAAGGGCCCAAAAGAUCCCAACUACCGUGCUCUGGUGCUGUACAGCUGCCCGGGACUGGGCAAGUCAACAGUGGCCGCGGCCCUGGUGUCGAAUAUGUUUAUUAACAAUGCGGUGGAAGACGGGGAGCCUGUGGGCUCGGCGGUGGCUGGGCACUACUUCUUCAGGCACAACGACAACCUUGGGAGGGACCCGGUACUGCUGAUACGCACCUUGGCCUUCCAUCUGGCCUCUGUCCUGCCCGCCCUGCGUCCGCACCUGAUGCCACCCGCACUGUCGGCCGAGGAGGUGAUGAAACUGCCAGACUUGGAGACUGCCUACUGGAGGCUUCUGGCGGGACCGUUGGACACCAUCAAGGACGAGCUGGCAGCCCUGCACCAGCCACUGGUGUUGGUGAUUGAUGCGCUAGAUGAGAUGGAGCUGGAGCCCGGAGGCAGUGGUGCAUCGCAAACUUCGCUGUUGCGGCUCAUUCGUGAGCACUCCUUCAGCCUGCCUACGGCUGUCCGCUUUGUGCUGACCACACGGCCUGAGCCGCAUAUUACCCGUGUACUGGGCGAGGCUUUUAGCCCGUUUAUCAUCGAGCCAGACGACCCACGCCACCUGGAAGACCUGCGGCAGCUCAUCACCCAUGAGUUGGGCAGCCGGCUGGUGGUGAAAGGGAAUGAGGUUGCUGCUGGUGGUGGCAUUGGCAAGGAGGCUUGUGAGCCUACCACUAAGGAUGUGGAUGCAGCGGUGGAUCUGCUGCUAGGCAAAAGCCAAGGCUCCUUUGUAUAUGUGGCCAGUCUGCUGGAUGAGCUGAAAGCCAAGCCGCACUGGAGCCUGGGGGACCUGACAGCCUUCCCCCAAGGCCUCUACGCCAUGUACACCGACUUCCUGCAGAAGCACAUCGGUGCUCCUGACAGCCCCACCUUUUGGGCUGUAAAGCGCCUGCUACAGCUGCUGCUGGCGGCUCAGGACCCGCUGUGCGUCGAAAUGCUGGCAGCAGCCUGGGAUAGCAGCGGGCUGCUGGUAGGUGGUGUGCGGCAGCUGAUGUGGGCCAGUGAGGCGCAGCAAGAGGUUGAGCAGCUGCUCAGCAAGCUGGGCUCCCUCUACAUGCUACGUGACAACCACGUGCUGGUCUUCCACAAGUCCCUCCACGACUUCCUGACAGCUCGCAAGCUCGAGGAUGGCACGCCCAACGUUUACUGGGUCGACCCGCUGCCAGGGCAUGCCUUGCUGGGUCCCGUGGGGGUCCAGCUUGUGUCGCAGCAGGCGGCCAAGGCCAUGGGGCUGUCCCCUGCACCCUCCGUCUCAGCCCUUAUGCUGCCCGCUGGCAGCAUCAGCGCCAAUAACACAGGCACCGGCAGUAGUAAGACAGCAGCAAAGCAGUGGUCAGCCAGCUACAGCCGCCAGUACACAGUGCGCCACCUGGUGGAGGUGCUCAACCAGGCGGAGGAGGACCCGGAGGGGGCUGACCUAGCCUGCCGCCUGCUGGAGGAGCUGCUGGGGGACUAUGACUACGUAUACGCUGUGUUCAGCAGCGGUUUGGGCCACAGUGUCAUCAGGGACCUUGGGGUCCUCAAGCAGAAUAACAGGUCCUCCAAGCUGUAUGAUGCAUUUCGAUGGUUGUUCAUCCAGCAGCAUGACUUAACAGGAGCCACGGAUGUUACCAACGUGAUUGCCACUGGUCUUAAGUGCCCAGUCGGCACAACAACCUUUAGACAGGCCCAAGCACAGUACCAAGUUCUGUCUGCCACCCAGGGCCUUCAGUCCCAAUGGAGGCUCCAGUGCAAGCUUGGGGGCCCCAAAACCUGGACUGCACAGUUACUGAAAUCCACGGGACAUGAUGGAGUCAUCAACAGUGUGGCAUGGAGCCCGGAUGGCCGGUCGCUGGCCAGCGGCAGCAGUGACAAGACCAUUCGGCUGUGGGAUGCAGCCAGCGGCGAGUGCAAGACCACGCUUCAGGGACACAAUAGCUUCAUCGUCUGGGUUGCAUGGAGCCCGGAUGGACGGUCGCUGGCCAGCGGCAGCUAUGACAAGACCAUCCGGCUGUGGGAUGCAGCCAGUGGCGAGUGCACUGCCACCCUGCAGGGACAUGACGGAGUGAUUAGCAGUGUGGCUUGGUGCCCGGAUGGCCGGUCGCUGGCCAGCGGCAGCAGUGACAAGACCAUCCGGCUGUGGGAUGCAGCCAGUGGCGAGUGCACUGCCACCCUGCUGCAGGGACAUGAUGGGGUCAUCGGCAGUGUGGCAUGGAGCCCGGAUGGCCGGUCGCUGGCCAGCGGCAGCAGUGACAAGACCAUUCGGCUGUGGGAUGCAGCCAGCGGCAGAUGCACCCUCAAACUACAGGGACAUGACGGAGUGAUUAGCAGUGUGGCGUGGAGCCCGGAUGGCCGGUCGCUGGCCAGCGGCAGCAGUGACAAGAGCAUCCGACUGUGGGAUGCUGCCAGCGGCGAGUGCACUGCCGCCCUGCAGGGACAUUUUGACGAAAUCAGGAGCGUGGCGUGGAACUCGAAUGGCCGGUCACUGGCCAGUGGCAGUUAUGACAAGACCAUCCGGCUCUGGGAUGCUGCCAGCGGCGAGUGCACUGCCAUCCUGCAGGGACAUGAUGACAUUGUUUACAGCGUGGCAUGGAGCCCGGAUGGACGGUCACUGGCCAGCGGCAGUUAUGACAAGACCAUCCGGCUGUGGGAUGCUGCCAGUAGGUAUGAUGUCAUGCUGCAGGUGAGCCAAUGGCACGACAGCAAGCUGGCAUAGGAAUGCCAUCGACACGCAAGGAUUGGUUCACAGUUAAUGUUGGACUUCGGUUGGACUUGUUAGCCAUUAAUGGUUCCUUCCUUCUUUAUGUAGCGUUGCCUGGAUCUCCCUGCCUUCUUAUAGCCCAUGUAGUACUAAGGCGGUAGCGUCUUCCUGACUACAGUAAAUCAAUGAACUGGUCUAUGACAAUUCGUUUUGCUGUUCUAACGGUGCUGGCAUGUGCCUUGAAACCACAUGUUCCUGUAGCAUUUCCACAGAUGCGAGUAAGUUGCCCUCCAAGCGGUUGCCCUCCAUUGUGCUGACAACUGAAGUUCCGCCUCUGCAUCAGCUUUUAGUCGUUCAUUGCUCUGUUAACCAUCCACAAUAAUCCUGACCCCAGGCACAUGUGAAAGACAUUUGCAGCGUCGGAUGGAGCCCCGAUGGCCGGUCGCUGGCCAGCGGCAGUGAUGACAAGACCAUCCGGCUGUGGGAUGCAGCCAGUGGCGAGUGCACUGCCACCCUGCGUGGACAUGAUGGAGUCACCAGGAGUGUGGCAUGGAACCCGGAUGGCAGGUCGCUGGCCAGCGGCAGCGAUGACAAGACCAUCCGGCUGUGGGAUGCAGCCAGUGGCGAGUGCACUGCCACCCUGCGAGGACAUGAUAGCUUCGUUUUCAGUGUUUCAUGGAGCCCGGAUGGCCGGUCGCUGGCCAGCGGCAGCGAUGACACGACCGUCCGGCUGUGGGAUGCAGCCAGCGGCGAAUGCACUGCCACCCUGCAGGGGCAUAAUGACUGCAUACUGUGUGUCUCUUGGAGCCCGGAUGGCCGGUCGCUGGCCAGCGGCGGCGAGGACGAGACCAUCCGGCUGUGGGAUGCAGCCAGCGGCGAGUGCACUGCCACCCUGCAGGGACAUGAUGGAGUCAUCCGGAGUGUGGCGUGGAGCCCCAAUGGCCGGUCGCUGGCCAGCGGCAGCGACGACAAGACCAUCCGGCUGUGGGAUGCUGCCAGCGGCGAGUGCACUGCCAAAAUGCAGGGACAUGAUGGCAUCCAUUUCUGCGUUUCAUGGAGCCCGGAUGGCCGGUCGCUGGCCAGCGGCAGCGAUGACAAGGCCAUCCGGCUGUGGGAUGCAGCCAGCGGCGAGUGUGCUGCCACCCUGCAGGGACAUGAUGGAGUCAUCCGGAGUGUGGCGUGGAGCCCGGAUGGCCGGUCGCUGACCAGCGGCAGCAGUGACAAGACCAUAUGUGUUUACAGCACAUCUUGGUGAUAGCAAGCAACACUCUUGUUAGAACUAUUUAUGCGUGUAUUCCAACGGACAGCGUGUCACUGUUCGUAGUUAAAGCAGAUACGCCAGGUUGGUGUAGCCCUGGUGCGUGUGUGUUAUGAACGGCAUAUCCGUUCGCUUGGCUGAUCGUGACCUGUAUGUCAGCUCAAAAUGCCGCAAUGCUGGCGGUUAGCGGUUUCUGCUUGAGGAAAUCUGGUCAGCCUACCACGGCCUGUGAGUGUCCUCGUAAUCAGGUGGAAUGACACUUCAGAGUCGGUUGCAAGGUGCAGUUGUUCCGGUGUCUUUGCUUGUGGGCCCCAAGUGCCGCGCGUAUGGCUGUCUGCCCAAUGGAAAGCCUUUGUUGCUCCGUGACCGUUCGGUCCACAGGGAACGUGCGGAUUUUUAACGUUUAUUUGUGCUUAUAAUUAAAAGUUAUUUGCUUGAGAGCGCACCUGACAGGGGCCUCGUCGCCUUGGUGGGCCUGCUGGUGGGCCGUUUGUGCCGACGUGUAUCUCCGGCCAUCCGUGGGAGAUCUGAUUGAGUGGGCGUCCAUGCAAGCCCCGCUGCCAGCCGUUAUACGAUAGGCGCUUGUGUGCGUUUGUGUCAGGGAUGGAUACCGUGUAGGGGGCCUAUUGUUCUCGCGCUGUUGGCGUUUAUUAGGCUGGAUUAUUUGUUAGGGCGUCUCCAGUACUAGCGUAAUGGUCUGGAUUCGCGACGUCUACCUGCUUUAUUAGUUGCGGUUUCCAGCUUAGAACAAUGAGAUUCAAAACAGUCGGAGUGGUAAUUGUCUUGGCGCGUAGGUUUUGGGAGUAUUGUGGAUGUCAUGUGGGCCUUGCUUGUGCUUACAUACGGUUCCGCUUUGUUGUUUAGCUGGUGAGGAGGUGCGGCGAAUGCAGCGGUUUUUAUUUUGGUUAGGUGGUUACCGUAAGGGUCAGGCCGCCUUCAGGUGCAAGGAAAUAUGGGCAACAUUUCGAAGGCCCAGACAAAGAUGGAGGAGGGCAACUAGGAAUGGUUUUUUGGAGACUGGCGUACACAAGGCAUUGGUUUCUUGAGUCUCCUAAACUAGAACUCCUAAACUAGCUUCUUCUUAGCAAUGCUCCACGGCAAUGUCCAGUUACAAUUUGUGCUCGGUCCUGUUACACCAUGUCCGUAGUGUGUGUCACGCUGGUUGCCGUCGACGUGGACUCGGUCGCUAGGUCCGUUCCUUCUUUUGCUCCGGCGGUUGCCUUUGCUGGUUGCCUGCUGUAAUGGGUUGAUGGCACAUGCCGUUUGUGUCGUUAGUUUGUUCUACGGGCCUUUUUGCCGUAUUUAGUAUUAAUAUGCUUGGCGCUUUCUUGUCAUCUCAUCUUGUGCUGCUCCACGGCUUUGAGAUCUUGCGGGGAGCGUGGCUGGGGGUAGAGGCUCCAAGGCCGAAAUGUUGGAUCGGCGGCAGCAGUUGGCCGUUAUGGUUCAAAUUGGGUGCUUGUGAUGGGCCUACAGCUGAAACUCGGUUUGCUUGCCUUGGGGCAGAGGUCAGUUUACUGACACGUCAAAUCCUCAAUAGGCCGCGAAAUGACACUGCUGUCCAUGGAGGGAGGAACAGUUACUGUUCAAUAUAUUAUAUAUAUGUAGUGUUGUGAGCAGGAACGUAGUAAUGGCUGGUGUGCGCCUUCUAAUGGUUAACUUGCCCUUGGUGUC